UUUAUUGUAUAUCAACUUUAAGUUUGAGUUAAACUUAGAAAUUAAUUCACUUCUCCUUUUUACCAAACUGAUGAAUCGGUAUCUCCUUUGGUAGCGUGUUCUUCCAUUCUUUUGCAGUGCUAAGUUCUUGUUGUUUGAAUGAAAUGGCUCAUUUAGUUGUGAAGUUGCAAGUAGAUAUUUGCUUUUGAGGUAUAAGGUACAAUUACAGAAACUAGUCCUUGGACAUGUGCAAGUAUAAAUCUUUUAUAACGAUGUGUUAUUUUAAUUAGAAUAAGCAAUGAUCUUAAAGAAAGUGCAAGUUGCCCCAAUAAUUCUCAAUGUUUAGUAGGUUUAUCUUGAAAUUCCUUACAAGCUCGUUUUCCAGAAAUACAAAUUAAUGAAGAAUAUCCCAGGAAAAAAAAAAAAAAAAACUCUUGCGCGCAUAAAUCGUGCAUUUAUGAUAGAAAGCUUCAUAUAACUGUCACUUAUUUAUAUUCAACUUUUGCAGCACUAUCAUAAUUUAAUAUUAUUCUGUAACGUAGAAGAGUAAUUUCAAACAUAUUUGAAUAGCAUCUUCUCCCAAAGUAAUAAAUAGUCAUAUACUUGGUGCUUUGUAUUGUUUUAGAAUAUCUAAAGAAAAGUAAAAGAGAUACGAUGAAUGAAGUAAAAGUAGCUACCUCCCAGAUUUUCACUUUCAAAACUUUUUUUCCUUCAACCUAGAACUAAGAACUUAGAUGGGAAAAAAUAAAAUUAUACGCAUAUACAUAACUCUUCGCAACAUAUUAUUUCAAAUGCAAGAUUGUCAACUAUCUUAGAUCGUUUAAACCAAAUUUUCAUCAAUCUACAAAAACAGAAAGAAGCUAACACCCAAGAGGUUGUAGUUGAAUCAUUAACCAUAAGAAUUUAGCUCCUCCUUUCCUCUUACUUUCGCUCUCUUAAAAAUUUUUAAGUGACCGUUAUUGUUACCGUUGGUGCGAGCAUGUUCCUCACCGUGGACCUGCCCGUCCUCAGUGACCCGCCUCCAAAUAAUAAUCAAAAUUCUACCCCACAAAUCCCUCGUACCUCCAACCCCAUCGUUCACUUCCCUUCUCUAAUUCCCCUAAACACUAAUUCGGGUCCUAAUCUGCCCCCAAUUCCUAACAACCCCCAAAUCCCUAAUCAAUCUAAUCCUGCAACCUGCAAUCAAACUCGGGUCAAUGGAAAGGAACCCCAAAAAACUUCCUAUGCUAGUACUGUUGGCACUAGUAACACCAAAAGAUCCAGAGUUCGGCUAUCCCCAAAACCUCAUGGAACUUUCAACGGGAAACCUGUGGUGUCUUUCUCACAUGAGGAAAACACAUUGUGGGCCCAAACAUAAAUUGGACGAUAAUAGGUAUUUUCACUCUUAUCCGACCUUAGAUUGACAUCAUUAGGAAAGAAAAUGCAAAAAUUGUCCCUAGCAAAGGCACUAUUAAAGUGGGAGUUUAUGACAUGUGUCAUGUAUUUUUAGAUUUUGAUAAUAUUGAAUACCAUCUCAAUGUAUUGUCUAGAAACUUUAUUCAUUUGGGGGGUUUAAAUGUUAUGAAAAUUCAGAAAUGGUCGACCAAAUUUAAGCCAAAUGCUGAAAGUACUUUGGCUCCUGUUUGGAUUAAUCUUCCGGGUUUGUUAUGGCAUUAUUAUGAAUGGGAUGCUGUAUGUCGAAUUGUUGAGCCUAUAGGCACCCCUUUUCUACUUGACAAAGCCACCUUAGCCAAAUCUAGACCUACCACUGCUAAAGUUAGAGUAGAGAUAGACUUGACCAUGGUUAGUGAAGUGUUAUUGAAAAGUACCAAUGAGGAUGGCAUCAAGGAACUCAUUUCUCAGAAAAUUAAAUAUCAGUUUAUUCCGCCCUUUUGCUUCCACUGCAAUAAGAAAGGUCAUGUUGAUGAAAAAUGCACUAGACUACAUCCUGAACUAUUGAACAGAGGUGGUGAAAACCGUACCCAAGGAACAGGGGAACCAACAAAACCCCAACAUGGGAGAUAAUUCAACCCAACAUAGUGUUGAAAUGGAUAUCAAUCCACAUGAUAACAAAGCUCACAAUACUGAGGUUGACUGGCAAACUAUGGUAAGAAAGAGAGGCAAAAGCACCUUCAAAACAAAUCCUCCUAUGGAAGCAAGUCAAGAGACAAAAGGUAAGGCCAACAACAACACGACAGGAGCAGUGCAUCAAUAGAUUCCCACGAGUAACAAUUUGGAGGAGUUAUCUAACCAGGAAAGCUUUCCCAUUGUGGGAGAGGACACUAUGAGUACUAACUCCAUCAACAAUGAGUCAGAGCAAAUACAGGCAGGAGGAGGAAGGGUGAGCACCUUGAGAUCUCAUGCCAAAAAUGGAAAAAAAGUAGAAGCUAGAAACGAACAAAAGAUGAAGAAGUUACAGAACAUCAAGAACAAUAUGGUAAAGAGGACAGAAAACAAUGAGACUGAAUAUCCUGAUACUCCUGUUCUUGUCCAGAACAUGAACACUACUAUGGUAAUGGUACAGGACCCUGGCAAGAAAGCUACUAACAGAAGAAAGAAAUUUACCACUUCUGUGAAUAUCCCUGCUGGAGUGGUAUUAGGAACUGAAGGGUUGAGCCUAGAAGAAAAACAACAGAGGAUAUGCCCUAUUCUUCCUCUCUUUAGGCUGAGACCAAACUUGGCUGAGGUCAUAACUGGAAGACGAGCUAAAGAAAAAGAGAAGCAACAAUUUGAAGCUCAUGCUGAACCAUUUCAAGAGGUGGAUCAUUGUGUCCCCCAUGUUAAUAUCUAACAUGGAAACAAGUGAGGAAACUGCCUACAAAGACUGAGGAAGACCUCUGCAUGACCAGUAUUGAUAAAGAAAGAGAGACCCCAAACUCUGAUGAUGAACAAAUCAGAGGUAACAGACCAAUUCUUACCUGUACAAAACCUGGUAAUCCCAACCAGGUUCAACAAGGUGUUGCCUAUUUCAAUAAUCUCUCACCUAGAGGGAACAAUCAGACCCAAGUCUAUGGGAAUGAAUUCAACAGCACAAAAGAGUUGGUUACUGAUGUGCCGCGGAUUUGUGGCACAUUCGACGCCUUUUUACUAUGAAUUUUGGCUGUUUUCAAGUAAGUCUGGUUCUAUUUAAUAUGCUUUUGUUGUGUUUUAGGAAAACAGUGGCCCAAAAGCAAAAAGCAAAGAACAACAGAAGAAUUGGCCAGAAAUGAGAAUCGACGGUCCGUUGAUCAAUCGAUGAACCGUCCUUUGAAUCGUCAAAAAGCAUAAUUUUCCAGAGAGGACAAAGUUGAAGACGACAAAGGACGGAGGCAUCGACGAAGCGUCGAACAGAUCGCCGGUUCGUCGUUUGUGUCGUCAAGCAGGACCUCUCAACAGAGGAGAAAAAGACGGAUUACUCGACGAAGCGUCGAAUUGAUCGACGGCACCGUCAAAUGGUACACAGGGCUGAAGUUACAGAAGACGAAGAAAUCGACGGACCGUCGAACGAUCGACGGUCCGUCGACCUUGCUAUCGCGGGGGGGGGGGGGGGGGGGGCAAUUUUGACAGUUUUUGCUGUGCGUUUUUGGAGCCUAUUUAAAGAACAUUUUAGGUCAUUUUGGAGAUUCAGCUUUUAUGAUACUCAACUAAAAAGUCCCAUUGGUUGGUGAGCAUUGAAUACUCUCCCUUUGGAGUUUAGUGAAGACAAAAGAUUCUAUAUUCCACCAUCUUUAUUACAUUUGUAAGCUUUAUGUCUCAUUUAUUGCUUACCACUUUUGAGACCAAAAUGUGUGAGUAGUCUCUUUAAUCAGAGUUGUGGACCCAAAAUGAUGGGUGCUAUGUAAUGGGUAUCUAACAUUGUAUAUAUAUAUAUAUAUAAUGGGAUGUGAUGUAUUUUAUUAUUUCUCUUAUUCAUUAUUCUACAAGUGGCUGCAAACAUUUGUUCAUGCACAAACCCUAGUUUAUUUGGAAAGAUGAAUUAAGGUGUGAUUUGAAAUAAUAUAACAAGGACUCGGGGCGCUAACCCUCGUUUAAUGAACUCGCUUAGGAAUAAGAUGAGUUCUACUUGAUAUAUUUAAUCAACCUUAUUUAUAACUUUUCUGCAUUUGGGAAAAUCAUGAAAAGAAAUACUUUCUAACUAUUGGGAAAUAUUAGAAAGUGUAUUAGAGAUUAAGUGCAUGCAUAAUCGCGACCCAUUAGAAAUAUAUCAUAUUGACACCCAUAGCAUAACAUCUAAUCAUUGCGGUGACACAACUUUGGUUCUUCCAAUCUAAACAAAUUUCAAUUACUUCAAAGUAGCGAAUACAAAUCAAAUCUCCUUUUUAAAAUGCUAGGAAUAGGAUUAAAGCCUUUAAAGACGAGUAUCGCAUACAAUUAGUACCUCUUUCUCUCCAUAUUCCCUGUGGGAUUCGACCCCAACCUUGUUUGGGUUACUAUAUUUGACAACGUCCGUUUUUCGCCAUUAACAGGUGUAAUUUGAGCGUAUCAGUUACUAACUCUAAAAAAAACACUAUCUCCUAAUGUAUCCCAUGAUUAAGACACUCUCAUGGAAUAUAAGGGGAAUAGGUUCACAAGGAUCCAUUGAAAGACUUCAAACUCUCAAACAUCAACACUACAUGUUCAUCCAAGAACCAAUGGUGAACUCUAGGAAAAUUGAAAAAUUCAAAAGGAAGUUGGGGUACCCUCACUGUUUUUAUAACUACUCCAAUGAGAUUUGGAUCUUUUGGUCCAUAGGGUAUCAACUAGAUAUCAUUGAAGACAAAGAACAAUAUGUGUUAGUUCAUAUCAUUCAUCAACAAGAAUCAGUGGAUGUUAGUUCAUAUCAUUCAUCAACAGGAAUCAGUGGACUUUCAUCUCUCCAUUAUAUAUGCUAAGUGUGAUGAACAACUUAGAGUUUCCCUUUGGAAUGAUCUAAGAGAUAUUUCUGGUAGAAUCAAUGGCCCCUGGGGUGUAGUAGGGGACUUCAAUGUUAUAGCUAGUCCAGAGGAAAAAAUUGGAGAAAUUCCCUACAGAAUAGAGGAGAGAUUUGACUUUACCACUUGCCAAGAUGAUUGUAAUCUACAAGAUAGAGGGUAUCUUGGGGCCAAAUUUACUUGGAGUGACAAUAGAGAUCCACCAAACACUAUUUGGAAAAGACUUGAUAGACUCCUUUAAAACAGUCAGUGGUUUGACAAAUAUAGUGAAACUACUAUAACUCACCUCUCAAGAAUUUGUUCUGAUCAUGCACCUCUCUUAAUCAAAUGUAUUCCUGAUAACUCUAAUCAUGUUAAGUUUUUCAAAUUUCUUAAUAUUUGGGCUGAGCAUGAGGAUUAUUUGUCAGUGGUGGGAAGUUUGGCCCCAAAUCCAUGAGGAUAAUCCCCUACGAUUUCUACACCAAAAAAUCAAGAGUACUGGUAAAGCUCUGAGUGCUUGGUCCAGAAUAGCUUUUGGGGAUUUUUAUGCAGGACCCAAAAGACUUGAAGUUCUCAUCAGGGACUUAGAAGUGGAAUCCAUCAGUAACAACACCCCUGAGAAUAGAAUGAACUUGUCUAAAGCUAAAGCUGAAUUCAUCAGAUACUUAAAAAUCCAGGAAAAAGUGAAAUGGCUUGAAGAAGGUGAUAACAACUCUGCUUUCUUUCAUAGUGUCAUUAAAGAGAAGAGGAAGAGGCUGAACAUUCAAAAAAUCAAGGAUCUAGAAGGAAAUUGGGUAGAAGGAACUCCUCUGGUAGCUGAAGCUGCAGUUAAGUUCUUUUCCAAUCUUUUUAAAACUGAGGUUAUUGAGGAGGAUAGCUCAGUACUUCAUGCGAUGGAAAGAUGUGUCUCCAAUGAAGACAACAUCUCCCUUACCACUCAACCUGAUCUCCAUGAAAUCAAGGAUACUGUCUUCCCAAUUGACCCUGAUAGUGCCCCAAGCCCAGAUGGUCUAAGUGGAAAAUUCUACCAAUCCACUUGGCCAAUUAUUGCUGCUGUUCUUCAUGCUGCAGUAACUGCUUUCUUCCAAGGUACAUUUCUAAUAACUGGUACACAAUGCUAGUAAAUGGCAGCAGACAUGGAUUUUUCAAAUCAGGAAGUGGCCUCACACAGGGAGACCCUCUUUCACCUAAUCUUUUUGUUUUAUCUGCUGAAUUACUUUCCAAAAUGCUCAAUGCAUUAUAUAUAGUACCUGAUUUUAGUAGUUUUUCUAUGCAUAAUCCAGGCCCACAAGUUAACCAUUUAUCCUUUGCAGAUGAUACUAUAAUCUUUAGUAGUGGAAAAAAAGCAUCCUUGCAGAUAAUCCUCAAUACUGUGACAACCUGUGAUAGAGUGUCGGGGCAACUCAUCAAUAAGGACAAAUGCUCAUUCACCAUGGCCCCCAGUACUACACUAAGCAAUAUCAAAAGGGUUGGGAGAAUUCUUCAUAUAAGAUAUGAACACUUUAUAAUCAAAUGGGCUGCCCAAUAUAUACAGGAAGGAAAACUAUUGAUAUCUUUCCAGAGAUGAUCAAUAAAGUCAUCAAUAGAAUUAAAGGGUGGCAUCUCAAGUUCCUUUCUUUUGGUGGUAGAGCUACCCUUAUCAGACAUGUACUGCAAGCUCUCAAUGUGCAUACCCUUGCUGCAGUACAUCCUCCAAAGGGUACUUUUGAGUUGAUAGAAACUUACUUGACCAGAUUCUAUUGGUCAAGUAAUGAGGAAGGAGGGAAGUACCAUUGGAUAUCUUAGGAUAAUCUAAGCUAUCCAUAUAAAGAAGGUGGUUCUAACUUCAGAAAACUUGAGGAUACUUACAGAGCAUUUAUUGCUAAGCAAUGGUGGAAAUUCAGAGCAUCCAACUCCCUAUGGUCCAACUUCUUGAGAGCAAAGUAUUGUAGAGAUGGUCAUCCUAACACCAUACAAUGGAAGCCUGGUCAAUCCCAUAGUUAGAAAGCAAUGCUUCAAAUCAUAAGUGAGAUUGACAACAACAUCUAGUGGAAAGUAAAAAGAGGGAAAUCUAGUUUUUGGUUUGAUAACUGGACCAAACAAGGAACCCUUUGUGAAUUGAUGGAAGACUACAAAAUUGACCAGCAUAUUCAGAUUAGGGAUGUACUCAAGCAAGGACAAUGGGAUUGGACUGUCCUAAUUCCUCAACCUAGUGACCAUAUCAAGCAAAUCAUCAACAACUAUCAUAUUAAUCUUGAUCACACUGAGGAUAGGCCUUAUUGGACAGCUUCUGAGCAUAGAGCAUUCUCUGUUUCAUCAGCUUGGAAU